GUCACUUUCGACCUGAGCGACGACACUGGGCCAGCUUGUAGUUUUUAAUUUUAAUAUUAAACCUAAAAAAAAAGAAUAAAGUGAUCCUAUUAAAGGGGAUCACUGAAAACACUGGGCUUUCUAGAAGAACUACUAUCAAAAAUGAGUAAAAUCAUUCCUUCCGUCGCUAAGCUUCUGGCCGGUAAUACGGUUACGAAAGUGGGUGCUCCAGUUGCUACUACUUCUAGUGCAAAAUACAGUACGAAGAGUGAAGCUUCAUUUGAAAUCAAGCCUUUUAAACUCCAUAAAUUGGAGAAAGGCCCAGCCACAACAGCUACUCUGACAAGGGAGGAUGCUCUCAAACUAUAUGAACAAUUGGCGAUUCUGCGUCGGAUUGAAACUGCUUCCGGCAAUUUGUACAGGGAGAAGAUUAUCCGUGGUUUCUGCCACUUAUACUCGGGUCAGGAGGCCGUAGCUGUGGGAAUGCGUGCAGCUAUGCGAGAUGUAGACACUGUGAUUACUGCCUACCGAUGCCAUGGGUGGACCUAUCUGAUGGGUGCCAGCGUACUUGGUGUACUUUCCGAACUCACUGGUCGCAGAACAGGAGUAUCACGUGGCAAAGGAGGUUCUAUGCAUUUGUAUGCAAAGAAUUUCUAUGGUGGUAACGGCAUUGUUGGAGCUCAAGUGCCGUUAGGAGCUGGUAUUGGUUUCGCGCACAAAUACAAAGGUGAUGGCGGUGUAAACUUUGCAUUGUAUGGUGACGGCGCCGCUAACCAAGGACAGCUGUUUGAAGCAUACAACAUGGCAAAGCUGUGGGACUUGCCCUGCGUGUUUGUCUGUGAAAACAAUGGAUACGGUAUGGGAACAAGUAUGGAGCGAUCAUCAGCCAGCACAGACUACUACUCGCGCGGUGACUACAUUCCCGGCAUCUGGGUGGACGGUAUGGACGUCCUCGCCACCAGGGAGGCGACUAAAUUCUGUAUCGACUGGUGCACCAGUGGUAAAGGCCCAUUGGUAAUGGAGAUGGAAACAUAUCGUUACUCUGGCCACUCUAUGUCCGACCCUGGCACCUCAUACCGUACGCGCGAUGAGAUCCAGGAAGUGCGUCAAACCAGGGACCCCAUCACCUCCUACAAGGACAAGAUUCUGAGCAACGAACUCGCAACACCUGACCAACUUAAGGAAAUCGACGCAAAAGUACGCCAAGAAGUCGACGACGCUACAAAGCAGGCGAAGGUCGAGCCUGAGAUCGGUGUCGAGGAACUGGCUGGAGAUAUCUACGUCGAUUGCAUUGACCCAGUCAUCCGAGGCGUGAUCCCCAGCGCGCCCCUACAACACAUCUCCGUCGCUCAGCGCAAUUAGAUUGCUAUCAGUAAGGAAAUUAGGUCUGUUAUCCACUGCAAUAUGCUCCACUACCCAAGUGAGAUUAGUGAAUUUAGUAUAAAUUUUGUUUAUUAUCAUUUUUUUAUCUUUUCUUAAUAUGUACAUAUAAACUUGUUAUACUCUGCAAUGCAACAUUUUGUAUUUCGCACAUUACAACGCAUACAAUCACAGCAA